UUGAUCACUUGUCAUUGAAUCACAUAUAUGCACAUAAAACUGGCAACAAUGUGAGUUAGUUGCUGUACGUCGUAGUUUUUAUUUCCUUAGGGUUGCCUAAUACUAGUGCACGUUAUUGUUAGUUCGUGAUCAACACUGGAAGGAAGAUAUAUUGUUGUGAAGUUGACCCUAAUUUUUGACCUAUUUUCAUAGCUUGGAUACUUUUGGUGGAAAAAGAAAAACAGAGGUUGGAAAACAUCACUCAGAAUGGGCAGAACAUACAAAAGAAAGUUAGGUUCCAGAACUUACGGAAAUUUCAGUGAAGAACAAGUUAAUAAUGCGUUGCACGACGUAUUGGAGAAUGGAUUAUCGCUACGAAAGGCAGCAAAGAAAUACAGAUUGGCCUACGGAACUUUAAAUAACAGGUACCAUGGAUGUAAGAUCAAGAAGAGCGGUGGGCAACCUGUGUUCACGUAUGAAGAGGAAAUGGUCAUUAUUAACAGCGUCUUAACUUGUGCAGACUGGGGAUAUCCACUAAGCGCUAUGGAUUUAAGAAUGUUCGUCAAGAGUUUUUUGGACAAAAGUGGUAGAACCGUAUCUCGAUUCAACGAGAAUAUCCCAGGACCUGACUGGUUGAAUAACUUGUUAAAAAGGCAUCGAGGUGUUGUCGGUAAAAUAUUAGCAAGUAAUAUUAAAAAGAGCCGAGCGGAAGUUUCACCUGAUUCGAUUAAAAAAUAUUUCGAAAACUUGGGAAAAACCAUUGAAAAUGUUCCCGCUGAAAAUAUUUUCAACUAUGAUGAAUCUAAUGUCUCGGAUGAUCCUGGAAAGAAAAUGUGCAUCUACCGAAGGGGAACCAAAUAUCCUGAAAGAAUAUGCAAUCAUUCAAAAUCUGCAACUUCGAUUAUGGUUUGCGGAUCCGCCUCAGGUACCCUUCUGCCACCUUACGUCAUAUAUAAGGCAGAAAAUUUAUGGGACACUUGGACAGAAGAUGGUCCCAAGGGCAGCCCAUGCUGCGACCAACCAUGUUGCUCACUGGGCUCACGAUAUAAUCGGACCUCACACGGCUGGAUUGACAUGUCAACCUUCAAUGAUUGGUUUGUCACUUGUUUCUUACCACACGCUAAGCGAUUGGAGGGAAAAAAAGUGUUAAUAGGGGACAAUCUAGCAUCGCACUUCAAUCCAGAUGUUCUAAGACAAUGUGAAAAAAAUAAUAUUAUAUUUGCAUGCUUGCCAUCUAACUCCACUCACAUUUGCCAACCUUUGGAUGUUGCAUUUUUCAGGCCCUUGAAAGAAAGCUGGAGAAAAACACUAACAUCCUGGAAGAUGCAAAAUUCCAAAACUUCUGGCAUCCCAAAAAAUGAAUUCCCUAAGCUGUUGAAGCAGACACUUCAAACCAUGGAUAAAGUAAUACCCAAAAGGCCAGAUAUAGAAAAAAGUGCCAUAAAAAGAAAUUUACUUUCUGGUUUCGAGGCCUGUGGCAUUUCACCAUUCAACCCCAACAGGGUUUUAGAAAAGUUACCACAAGACGCCAUUAAUCAGAGACAACUGUUGUCUCUGCCAUUAAUGAAAACGAGAUAA